UGGCCUAUCGGUAUCAGAGGAGGGCGGAGCCUCUGGUUCUCCGGAGAAAUUCGUCCCGUCCCGGCCAGGACGGAUCCAGGCUCCGGGUCCUAAUUCUAACUGCAGGGGAUGGUGGAGGGGGAAUCACAGCCCAGUACACACUCUUCCCUCUAGAGGUCAGCACUUCACUUCCGGUUGAAGAUCUAUUUCCGGAACUGCAUUUUUACUUCCGGUGCAGCCAGCACUCAAUGCAUUUAGUGUUUUUCUAAUCUUGUGGAAAAAGAAAAAAAAACUGAUUUUCUGAAAAAGUUUGAUAAACUACUGAACAUUGGAUACAAAUACAGCAAAAAGAAGAAGCAAGAAGACCAAAAAAGAAAAAAUGAUUUACCGUGAGCCUGGAAAACAAAGUUGGACAGAGCCUUCUUACAAUAUCAAACCAAACAAUAAUUCUAUAGAAAUGCAAAUGGUUUCUGGUGGUUCAGCUGCUGGUCUGCUCGGUCAACCAGCUGGGCAAAUUCAGCUGUGGCAAUUUCUUCUAGAACUUCUCGCCGACUCAUCCAACAUGGCCGUCAUCAGCUGGGAGGGAUCUUCAGGAGAGUUUAAACUAAGUGAUCCUGAUGAGGUUGCAAGAAGAUGGGGGGAGAGAAAGUCCAAACCAAAUAUGAAUUAUGACAAAAUGAGCCGGGCCAUGAGAUACUACUACGACAAGAGUAUAUUAAAGAAGGCACGAAAGAGAUAUACAUACAAGUUUGAUUUCAACGCCCUUAUGCAGAUCUGCCAGGGGCUGGAUCCAUCCCUUGCUUCAUCCUACAAAUACGUAACAGACUUUACAGGUCUUUUAGCCACAGGAUACCCUAGCUAUCCAAAACUGAGUGGGCUUAUCCCCCCCUCCUCCUCCUCCUCUUCCUCCUCCACCAUGUACAACCCCUCACUAAGCUCCAGCUCCCCUUACUGGAGUGUUCCCACCUACUCCUCCGUUAUGUCCAGCAUGUACUCCACGCAGUUCAACGGGGACCUUCAAACUGAUAUUUACAAAGACUCCAGUUUGUACAAAGACUCCAGUGUGUAUAAAGACUCUAAUUUGUACAAAGACUCUGAUUUGUACAAAGACUCCAUAAGUCAAUAUAGAGAAUCAUUGCCUACUUAUAAAGACUCCUCAAGUCUAUACAAAGACCCCAUAAGUCCGUUCAAAGACUCCAUCUCGUACAAGGACUCACUGUUUCCCUAUAUGGAGUCCAAACUCCCUAAAUUGAGUAAUUAUGAGUUGAAGCGAGGGCCCCUGACAGGCCAAUUUACUAAGACACAUUAUCCUACACCCUCACUGUCUAAUAGCAACCCUCCUCAGAAUGCCGCCAAUCUGCCGCCGAGAGAUUUCAUGCAAUUCGGUCGAGAUUUGCCGCCAUUUACUCCGACGGCGGCAAAUUCCAACUAUUUUAUGCCACAAAUUCAUGUUUGAAGAUUACAGCCAACAUUAAUUCUUGAAAAUCCUGUCUUCCUUUAGUUGUGGUAUUGUUGGAGUUUAAUGUACUUUUAUAUUUUGUUAUGUCCCGAGAAAUUGAAAUGUAUCAUUUUGGAUAAAUUUACAAUAAACGUUUUGAAAGCGUA